AUGGCCAACUUUAAAGUCGACCUUGACAUUGCCGGGACGUCUAACACCUUUCAGCAUCUUGAUAUAGUUCGAGACGAAACGAAACUAAUGCAUGUAAACAGAGUUCAAUUUUUUGAGACUGAUAUAAUAUAAUUGGGCGCUUAAAUAGAUUUUAAAAACUAAUGUUCCCUUUUUAACAAGUCAACCAGCAUAAAUACAAUUUUAAAGGUCAUAAUUUGUUUGAUUGGUAGCUACUUAAAGCCGGUCACCGUUGAAUGGUCAACUUUUUUUUUAAAUAUCGAGGUACCUCAUCGACAGCUGCUUUUUGCGCUUAAAUGGGCCUACUUUUUGUAACCGUCACAUCAGCCUAAAAUUGAAAAUUCCUAUUCAUCGGAGUGGAAAAUUUCCUUGUAAUUUUAAAAUAUCAAACAUUUUUCUACCCCUUGGUUGUAAAGCUUACUUCCUGUUAUAUUGUAGUGUCUCUGAGUGCGGCAUACGUCUUCCCUGGUCGAAAGUUUUUUUUUUUUUUUGACAAACUCUUUUCAUAUCAUAGACGUUACAACAAGUUAUAUAUUUAGUAUGUAAAUAAUUGUGUUCAAUUCCUUAUUAAAUAAUUGUUAAAAUUAAAUUUAAUGUUAUACAUAUAUGUUGACAAUUCUAAUUUUCUCCUUUACAUACAAUUUUGAUUGAUAGAUAUGUAAACACUUUAUUUUUGCUAACAUUGGGUGAAAUUAUUUCAUCGUUCACCGACAACAGGACCCAUGCACAAAAAAUCAUCAAACCAAAAUUAUUCCAAGGGUAAUAAGGACUGAGAAGGAAGCAGUUUAUGAUUAUAAUUUUGACACUCCCAAAUAUCUGCUGGUCUACAACGAGGCGAACAAAACGGAAUACGGCGUUAAUAGAGCUUACAGGUGA